AUGACGCCAGGACUAGCGGACAGCACGAUCGCCAUGAUAUCUAUAAAUGUCGGCGUGUUCGGUUUACUUUCUCUAUGGAAUGUUAAUCUGGAUCCCAUAUCGAUGUGCACAACAUUGAUGAGUAUAGGCUUUUCCGUCGACUUCACUGCUCACAUAAGCUACCACUUCUAUCGAAAUCCAACUUCAUGGACAACGGAUGAACGAUUAGCGGAUGCGUUGAGGAUGCGGACUACCGAUGGAGCUCUCUAA